AUGGAGAAUUACCAGAAGCUGGAAAAGAUUGGUGAAGGAACCUACGGUGUCGUGUACAAGGCCCGAGACCUCUCCAAUGGCGGUCGAAUUGUCGCCCUGAAGAAGAUUCGCCUUGAAGCUGAAGAUGAAGGCGUACCAAGUACCGCCAUUCGCGAAAUUUCUCUCCUCAAGGAAAUGCGAGAUCCCAACAUUGUCCGUCUGUUCAAUAUUGUUCACUCAGAUGGCCACAAGCUGUAUCUCGUUUUUGAAUUCCUCGAUCUCGAUCUCAAGAAGUACAUGGAAUCUCUCCCUGUAAGCGAUGGUGGUCGAGGCAAGGCCUUGCCCGACGGUGCAUCGCCGCACUUGCAACAUCUUGGCCUCGGCGACAUGGUCGUUCGCAAGUUCAUGUACCAGCUUUGCGAUGGUGUCAAGUACUGUCAUUCCCGCCGAGUCCUCCACCGUGAUCUCAAGCCACAGAACCUUUUGAUCGACAAGGAGGGCAACCUCAAACUCGCUGAUUUCGGUCUUGCCCGCGCUUUUGGCGUGCCUCUGCGCACAUACACUCACGAAGUUGUCACUCUUUGGUAUCGAGCCCCUGAAAUUCUAUUGGGGGGCCGUCAAUACUCGACUGGCGUGGACAUGUGGUCCGUUGGCUGUAUCUUUGCCGAGAUGUGCACGCGCAAGCCUCUUUUCCCCGGUGACUCUGAAAUUGACGAAAUCUUCAAGAUCUUCCGCACUCUCGGUACACCAUCUGAAGACAUCUGGCCAGGUGUCACAUCUUACCCUGACUUCAAGGCAUCCUUCCCCAAAUGGCAGCGUGACUACAGUAACUCUCUUUGCAGCACUCUUGAUGAACACGGUCUAGACUUGCUCGAGAUGAUGUUGGUGUAUGACCCAGCAAACCGUAUCUCGGCCAAGGGGGCCUUCAACCACCCCUAUUUUGAGCCCUACCUGGCACAGAAGCAGGCGUCUGCUCAAACGAAUGGCUAUUAUCACUAG